AUGUCGACUGGAGUCGACAAUCAAUCACCUAAUCAACCUCUAGAUCAGAGUACAUCGGCUCGUCAAAGAUCCAUCUCUCGGAGCAACGGCUCCGCUUUUGCGCCAUUGGUAGAAUCAGGUCGAGUAUUCGAUAAACAAACCACCACCAUGGCCCAGGCCCAAAGAACCCGGUACCUGAAGACUGGCGCUAUUGUCGCAUUUGUCUUUUUGGUCGUUUUGUGGUUGUCACCUUCCAGGUCAGCCGUAUCUAGCUAUACACAGGAGCAAGCCCCUUCAACUCCCGGUUCUGGUGCCAAGUGUACCAAGCCUUUCGACUCUUCUAAGCCUCUGAUUCAAUAUGCGCUCAUGAUCGAUGCCGGAAGUACCGGCUCCCGAAUUCACGUCUACCGUUUCAACAACUGCGGAUCUACUCCGGAGUUGGAGGAUGAGGUCUUCGAGAAAACCGCAACCAAGGAAGGUGGCUCUGGUCUUAGCUCCUACAAGGAGAAUGCCGAGGGUGCUGCUCUCAGUCUGGACCCUCUCAUGGAGGUUGCCAUGCAGAACGUCCCCGCCGAGUACCGGUCUUGUACCCCUGUUGCGGUCAAGGCCACCGCUGGUCUUCGAUUGUUGGGCCCUGAAUUGAGCACAAACAUUCUGGAGGCUGUUCGUCACCGUCUUGAGACUGCCUACCCCUUCCCUGUGGUUUCUCGGGAGAUGGGUGGUGUGCAAAUUAUGGAUGGUAAGGAUGAGGGUGUCUUCGCCUGGAUUACCACCAAUUACCUUCUGGGCAAGAUUGGCGGUCCCGAUGAGUCCCCCACCGCCGCUGUCUUUGAUUUGGGUGGUGGCUCUACCCAGAUCGUUUUCCAGCCUACCUUUGAGAAUAGCAAGGCCGGCGGUAUGCCAGAGCACUUGGCUCCCGGUGACCACAAAUAUGAUCUCAAGUUCGGCGGUCGCCAGUUUGAGCUUUACCAGCACUCUCACCUCGGCUAUGGUCUUAUGUCUGCCCGUGAUGCUAUGCACAAGGUUGUCCUGGAGGGUAUGUUAGCCAACAGCCCCAAGGACUUGUCUUGGUUGAAGAGCCCCAUCUCCAACCCUUGCAUUGGCCCUGAUAUGGAGAAGGAAGUCACAGUGGUUUUCCCUGAUGGUCACCCCCUUGGUCCUCAGGUUACUGUGAAAAUGGCGGGUCCCACGGACUCUUCUUCUGCUCAGUGCCGUGCCAUCGCAGAGAAGACUCUCCAGAAGGAUGCGGACUGCAAGUUGGCGCCCUGCUCGUUCAACGGUGUUCACCAGCCAUCUCUUGAGAAGACCUUCUCUCGUGAGGAUGUUUACAUUUUCUCCUACUUCUUCGACCGCACUGCUCCUCUGGGCAUGCCCUCUUCCUUUACUUUGGAGGAGCUCCAUGAUCUCACCUCCACCGUCUGUGCUGGCGAAGACAGCUGGUCAGUCUUCGAAAGCGUCGAGGGUGCAAUGGCGGAACUUAAGGACCGUCCAGAGUACUGUAUGGACCUGAACUUCAUGCUUACUCUGCUCCACACUGGCUACGAGAUGCCCCUGUCUCGCGAGGUCAAGAUCGCCAAGAAGAUCAAGGGCAACGAGUUGGGCUGGUGCUUGGGUGCUAGCUUGCCUCUUCUCAGCCAAGAGUCCGGCUGGACAUGUCGCAUCAAGGAGGUCUCAUAG